AUGGCAGCCACUGCAGAUAGAUCAAAGCCCUUCAUUCCCCUGUCCGGGAUUGCUGAGGAUGGCUGGUCCAGCGAGAAUGAAGCCACAGCAACAUGUCUCUGCGGUGCUGUACAGCUUGUUUUUCCUACCCAAGGUCCAGGCCUAGUCAAUGCCUUUGUCUGUAACUGCUACGAUUGCCGUAAGAUCACCGCCUCAAUGUUCGCAUCAAAUGUCACUAUUCGAGAUCCAUACCUCAAGUACGUGCGCGGCCGCGACAACGUAUCAGUAUACGGUCAAGCAAAAACACCAACCACAGGCAAGGCGAUGACAAAUUACUUUUGCAAGACGUGUGGCACGCUCAUGAACCGCAUUGGAGAUGCCUUCCCGGGCAUGAAUUUCAUACGCCUGGGUACGGUUGACGAUUUUAAUCUACACGAGACGAAAUUGAGGCCGACGGUAGAACAUUUUACCAAAGAUCGUGUGAGCUGGUUUCCUGGUAUGCCCGGAGAGAAUAUCACGGCAUUCAAGGGAUUCGGGACCAAUGAUGUGUAG